AGAGAAGCGUCUGGGAGCAGGGGGAUGGACUGACCCGUAGCCGCUUGCUGCUGCUGCCGGUUCCUGGAAGCCGGGGCCUUAGGGUUUCUGUUCCUGGGGACACAGGAGCAGCGGUCCCAGGGCUGACACUAUCACUCACAGCAUGGCUUCUAGGCAAGUGAGCCGGGUUCGAGCCCCCUCAUCUACUGCAGAGGAACAGGUAGCUCGAGAGACCGAAGAGGUUUUCCGUAGCUAUGUCUUUUACCGGCACCAACAAGAGCAGGAAGCUGAAGGAGAGGCUGCCCCUGCAGACCCAGAGAUGGACACCCUGCCCCAAGAGCUCAGCAGCACCACGGAACAGGUGGGCCGACAGCUAGCUGUCAUUGGCGAUGACAUCAGUCGGAGGUAUGACUCAGAAUUCAAGGCCAUGCUGCAGCAUUUGCAGCCCACCCCAGACACCGCCUAUGAGUACUUCACUAAGAUUGCCUCCAGCCUGUUUGAGAGCGGCAUCAACUGGGGCCGAGUGGUGGCACUGCUGGGCUUCGGCUACCGGUUGGCACUACAUGUUUAUCAGCGGGGCCUGACUGGCUUCCUGGGCCGUGUGGCUCGCUUUGUGGCUGACUUCAUGCUCCAACACUGCAUUGCCCGAUGGAUUGCCCAGAAUGGGGGCUGGGUGGCAGCCCUGAACCUCUCUAACAACUCCAUCUGGUACGUGAUGACAAUCUUUGGGAUGGUGCUUUUGGGUCGAUUUGUUAUCCGAAGAUUCUUCCAACCCUGACUCCAGGAGGGGGAGGCCUUUCAUGAAGACACAAGGCCUAAGCGCCUCCCCCAUCAUUCCUCUUCUCCUGAGCCCAACCUCUUCUUCCUCCAGGAUAAAAAAGGACAGCCCUGCGCUAUACACCAGCCAGAUGGACAUCCAAGUCUCCGGGCAUCUUUCUUACCUGGAGGCCAGAGGGUACAGGGUACCCUGCCCUAGCUCUUUGUGGUGCUAACAGGCCCUUCUC